AUUAACCAUGUGAAGUGCCAGCUGAAGUCCAAACUCAAAUGUCCAUGACGGAAUGAAUCAAAGUGAAAGUGAAAUACUAGAGAUUUAUUUACAAAAGUUCAUCUAAAAGGCACAGCACAGAAUAAACUCAUAUCGGCAAACAGAUAUUACACAUUCCUGACGUACUACUUAGCCGAGUCAUUUGUAAUUCUUAUAGCAUCAAUAAUGUCUUGUGAAGAAUUAACCUCUAAAAUGAAAAUGGCUCGACAAAAUGGUAUUGUGCAACCCUUACUCACUGAUCUAUAUCAAAUCACAAUGGCUUAUGCAUAUUGGAAAUCAGGAAAAGUAAAUGAUGUAGCAGUUUUUGAUUUGUUUUUUCGGACCAACCCAUUCCAGGGUGAAUUCACUAUAUUUGCUGGACUUGAAGAAUGUCUGAAGUUUUUAGUAAACUUUCAUUAUUCAGACAGUGAUAUUGAGUAUCUGAAACAAACAUUACCAGAUAACAUUGAGCCUGAAUUUUUUGCAUAUCUCAAGGAUUUAACUUGUAAAGACAUAAAAUUAAGUGCUAUUGAAGAAGGCUCUGUUGUUUUUCCUAGAGUACCCUUGUUAAGAGUGGAAGGUCCAUUAAUAAUCGCUCAAUUAAUAGAGACGACCUUAUUGACCCUGGUUAACUUUGCAAGCUUAAUGGCGACUAACGCCGCGCGAUACAGGAUGGUGGCUGGCAAAAACGUGUCACUGCUGGAGUUCGGAUUACGCAGGGCACAAGGGCCCGAUGGUGGACUCUCUGCGUCAAAAUAUGCAUACAUUGGCGGUUUCGACGGAACAAGCAACGUAUUGGCUGGAAAAUUCUUCGACAUACCAGUGAAAGGGACGCAUGCACAUUCUUUCGUGACCUCAUUCAGCAGUCUGGACGACAUACAUUCAGUGACGUUGAGGCACGCGGAAACGGAGGUCCCAUACAAUUUACUGGAGCUCUCAACCGAGUGGAGGAAACGAGUAUCAGCCAUCGUUGAUAUCUCGCCCGAAGAGGCCAGCGACGGCGAACUAGCCGCACUUAUUUCAUACGCCAUAGCCUUCCCAACAGGUUUCCUGGCACUAGUGGAUACUUACGAUGUGAAGAGGUAUAAUAUUCAAGGCUUACCGUCACGACACAGGCAGCAUAUGAAUGGGCAUUCUGGCUACAAUAGCAACUGUGGAUCCAAUGAUACUAGACUACUAAAAUCACCGAUACAUAGUACAUAUGGAUAUAGCACGGUCGAACGCACACUGAGGAGUGGUUUACUCAACUUCUGCGCUGUGGCCUUAGCAUUGAAUGACUGCGGAUACAGAGCGGUUGGCAUCCGCAUAGACAGUGGAGAUUUGGCGUAUUUGUCAGUGCUGGCAAGAGAAUCGUUUGAUCAAAUCGCUGAGGCCUUCAAACUACCCUGGUUCUCUAAACUAACAAUCGUGGCCUCGAAUGAUAUCAAUGAAGAAACGAUAUUGAGCUUGAAUGAACAGGGCCACAAGAUAGACUGUUUUGGUAUUGGAACACAUUUAGUCACUUGCCAACGUCAGCCAGCUCUUGGAUGUGUGUACAAAUUGGUGGAAAUAAAUGGACAACCGCGCAUUAAACUGAGUCAAGAUGUAGGAAAAGUCACUAUACCGGGUCACAAAGAGGCUUAUCGAUUAUUCGGUGCGGACGGCCACGCCCUCAUAGACUUGCUGCAAAGGUCCUCAGAGCCAGCGCCCGAGGUCGGCCAGAAGGUGCUCUGCCGGCAUCCGUUUCAAGAGUCGAAGAGAGCUUACGUCAUACCGAGUAAAGUGGAACACCUGUAUAAGGAAUGCUGGAAAGACGGCAACGUCUGCAUAAAACCAAAACCUUUAUUAGAAGUCCGCGCGAGGGUGCAGUCUUCGCUGCGCACACUGCGACAAGACAUCAAAAGGAAUUUAAACCCUACUCCUUACAAGGUGGCUGUCAGUGAUGAUCUAUAUUGCUUCAUUCACGAUUUGUGGCUUCAAAACGCACCCAUCGGGGAACUAUCUUGAAAUUAGUCUUAAGAUUAAAUACUAGCAGUUGAAUAUGAAACCCAAUACCUAUUGAACCUUACGAACAAAUAGCAAUGAGAUGUUUUUGAAGCAUUGCAAACAAAUAAAGCAGAAGGUUUCACGGGUCCUAAUCUGAAAAUGUUAUUAUGUUCUAUAUUGGUGUUGAUUCUAUUGCAUACUUCUAUUGAAUGAAAAAUCAAAAUAAAAUAAAAAAAUGUCUUUAGUUUUGUAAUUCUAGCAGUUAAAUUUAUUAUAUGAUUGUGAAAUAAAUUAUAUAAGAUUAUAUAUCUGUUGAAGUUUUAAUUGAUAUAAUGAAAAUAUUUUAACAUCCUCUUGUUUGAAUAAAGUAUUAUUAUGAAACAUGUUUAUGAAAGAACUAUUUUGAUAUUGCAUUUAAAGCCGUAGUUUUCUUUUUUUUUACUAAUAUUGUUAUCUAAUGGCUGCUCCUAAAUACGUCCAUAAAUUUUAAUGCUGCUCUAAAUAUAAGUCUGGUUUUGCCUUAUUUUAAUGUUAUCGCAAAGACAGUGACAGCAUCAACAUUUAAGUUAAUUUACUUCAGACGGUGUGUCCGUCUAUAAGUUACGAUUGUUUAAUUAACCAAUUAUUGUUAGUUUGUUACUUUACUGAACAGAGAGAGAGGUUUCUGCAGAUUAUUUUAAAGAGUAUGCGAUAGAAUUGACUUCUACAAAAUACCAAGUGCCAUUUAUAUCACAACACGCGUGAAACGCUUUCAGUACCCGGUUCUUGCUUUAGGGUACAGCUGAAUUCAUUAAAAUAAAAUUGGCCUUCGCAAUGAAACAAUGUACCAAAGUUAAUUUUAGUACUGUAUUUGCACCUCUUUUAUGGAGUGAAUCACUAAAAAAAAUAUGUGUUGUAUUUUCGCAAAUAUCCUUGCACUUCUGUGAUCGAUUAACGGCUAAGAGAUUAGUGUCUUUCUUUUAUAUUACUCUGAAUUAAUAAAAUAACUCUUAUUUGAAGAUUGCUAUUCAAGUUUAUUGCAAUGUCGUUUCUGAAUAUUUUUGUGUGUCGCGUUUGACGUACAUUACAUGUUCCAUCAUUAAAAUCAAUCAUAAAUUACUUAUGAAGUAUUAAAGUACAUUCUUUUGCGAAAUCUCUAAUUUGUUUUGUUCCUUAUUCAAAAACGAAUUGUUCUUAUUAUUUGACACAAAAUAUUUUCCACGUGUAUAAUGUUUCGCUUUGAAGAACUUAAACAUUGAUUAAUUAAUAUAAAACAUGUUAUAUAGCUAUACUUAUUAUAAAUAAUUGUUUUUAUUUAAACUAGUCAAACUUUAUUUAGUAUAUUGGGUUUUCAUUAUAGAAAUAACUGUAACGGUAGCUCUAAAAGGAAUCGAAUUCAUAUUGUCAUUAUGAUUUAUAUUUUAAAUAUAGUGAUCUGUCCAUUCUUAAUAUUGUUGCAUUCCUGGGUAGGUAUUUAAUUAUAAGUAACUAUUCGACCAAAAACAACGAUCACACUUCAAAGUGGUAACUUUUUUAUGUUAUAUUUUUAUAAGGAAAAUAAGUGUGAAUGUGUUUUAAUCACUGCCUAAAACGGUAUAACAUUUUCCAAUAUCAAUAGAGUAGGUACACAAUAGUGCAUUUAGUUCAACAUUAUAUGUGUAUGAUAACUUUUUUUUAUAUUGUUACUAUUGUUUACUUAUGUCCAGUAUUACGGAUAAUGAAUAAAUAUAUUGUAAAACUAACAGUGAUUAAGUGAACAAAAAUUAAACCUAAAUCCUCAAGAGUGAAAUGCUUUUGCAACCCUUUUAAUAUGUAAGUUUAAUUCUGUUUAAUAUAUUAAUUCUAUGAGCACUUAUGUUUAUUUAUUACUUAUUUUUUAAACAGUUUGUUAUGGUGUAAGAAAGAAGUUAAAAUAUGUUUAGUGGUAGGUUAGCGCUUUGUUAUUUGUUUUCUGUAUGAUAAAAAUAUUUAUACGUACAUUUCGACUAUAGUCUAAAAGAAAAAAAUGUAUUUUUGCAAUAUUUCAAUAUGAUCAUGAUUUUGUACAAUUAUAUAGCUACAAAGAGUUAUUACAAGUUUUAAUUUAAGAUUGUUCUUUCCUGUGUGCAAUUUAAAUACGAACUUAUUUACUGAACGCAUUAAAAAUAAUCGAAGGCAUAUAAUGUAAAAUGGCAUUUAAUGAUUUAUAAAGGCCGAAACAGACUUUUGAAACGCCACGCGAUGCGUAUUUUCUAUGAUCAGUGUGUGCGCAUCGCGUUGAAUCGGAUGUUCCUAAUGUGAUUCUGAUCGUAGAAAAUAGUACAUUUGAUUUGACUUAACACGCGUCGCGUUGCGCCGCGUGUCGAAAAGAAAAGUAUGUUUAGGCCUUUAGAUGUUCCUUUUUCUUUUAAUAGGGAUUAGUCUAAUGAAGAGUACACUUAUUUUAAAGAUUAUGUUUAACGCUUUUUAAUUAUUUCUGUUAUACGCACACACAUAUGCAUUAAGCUGCAGGAGUUCUAAAUAUUCACAACAAAUGUCAGAAAACUAUUAUUUGGAUUCCUGACAAUUUAAAAUUUAUACAUGUAUAUAUAUAUAUUUGUAUAACAAUAUACCAAAUUUAUUACAAUGUUUUGAGAUGUUUUGUCUCCAGGGGGUCUAAAAAUAGCGAAAUUUGGAAACAUUAAAAUAAGAAGUUUUAAUUGAAUUCUUAAAUUUGACAUUUAAUGACGUUUCAUCAACUCUGUCAAAUCGAUAUGUCAUUUCAUACCAAGUUCGUGUAAAAAUAUCUUAAUAAUGAAAGGCUAUUCCCCUUAGGGUGCUAUUAUCGGUCGAUAAUACCCUAUAGGUGAGAACCUUUAUUAUUUGAAAAACUAAUAUAGCUACCUAUUAUGAAUCUUUUAUUAAACAUGAAAUUCACAAUUUUGGUUCCCCAGGUUCAUAGACAAAAUUUUUGUGGAUUAGCUAUUUAUGUAUACUCGUAAAAUAAUAAUUUAUAAAAAAACAAUAUAAUCGUGUUGUGAAAAGUAAAUAGAUAUUUUAUUAUAAUAUUGUAUAGAAGCACAGAUCGAUUAUAUAAAUAAGUACUUUUUACUUUUAAAGUUCUUUGGUAUUAAGUUACUAAAUACAUAAUACACACAAAUACACCAUCAUUACCCCGGAAACACUGAACCAAUUUCAGAAAUUUCACAACAAAAGUUACGGGCGUUGGCGUUAAUAGGCUAGUUGACUCAUGUCAAGUGUAUUAAAUAAAUGUUUAUUUCUUAGAGUAUUUGGUCUAAAAAACCUAAAUAUAUCGAUUUCACUUCAUAUAAGCAGAAGAUUACUGUAGAAAUUUAAUUUAAAAAGAUAAUUUUUAGUCUAUACUUUUUGAACACUAAAAACGCUGUUCGCCAAAUCCGCCAUGAAUGUGACGUGUCUUUGGUAGUAAAAACACAUAAAUGUCAUUCGCGUGUUACUGUGGGUGGAUUCUUUCGUCUGACUAAAUUUAUUUCAAAACUGAUAAUAAAUGAAGAGACUUAAAAUAUUAUUCAAUGAGUAUUUAAAUCAAAGUGAUUUUCGCAAAAAUAAAUUUUACUAUGAGUCGAUAAAUUUGCAGAAUCCCUUUUAGGAAGUUCUAACCAGGUAUUGCGUAGGUUAAUUUCUUUCGGCACUUUAAUCCAGAGCUUUCCUGGAGUCUUCAAGGAUGUGUUUUUACAUUCUCGUACAAUACAAUAAUGAUAAAUUACUAUAUUUUUCGUGGUAUUUAUUAGAAAUCAUGUUUUUUUUUAAUUAUAAACUCAGUUCAGUUAUUUUCUACGUGCUUACGAGUUUUUGUUUACUACCGGUUGACGUUUUUGUAUGUCCAUGAAAAGUCAAUUUUUAAAUUAAAGAUUUGUAGCUUUCUAGGUUCUCAAUAAAAUACAAUACAUUUUUUUUCGGUCUAAUAGAACAUUUAUUAACUGUUUAAAACCUCUUUCCAAAAAGGGUCAACUAGCCUAUUUAAUUCAGUUUUUUGUACAGAAAACUUCUUUAGUAUCAUUGUGAUUUGAGAUUCGAUGAAACAGAAGUAGAGUAUUUUACACAAGAUAGGUAUCCGUAAUUCUAACUGCCUAGUAUAAAAGACAGACAGCCGAAUGGUAACGUUCUUGGGGUCGACACCAAAUGAUCGGUGGUUGGAUCCUGAGGACGGUAUUCUUUUUGUUUUUUUUUUUAUCUUUAAUGAGUUAUUAUUUAUUUUCGAAACAAUAAAGUACCAUAGAAUAUUUAAAAUUGCCCAGUAUUUUACAAUACUUGUUAAAUAGUUAAUAAUAGACGUUUGGUUGUUUAUUAAAACAGGUUUUCUUUUUAACACUAAUCCUUACCUUUCCAAUGUUUACAAUUUUUGUACCCAAGAUAAGAAAAUCAUAACAACAGAAAUGAAAUAAAAAUAGCUGAUUACAAAUAAAGCCGCGGGUUAGUUUUUGAUUGUAACGCUAAUAAAACUAUGAUCUUUUCACAUCCCUGACACGGGUAAAUCUUGAGGAACAUGUGGAUAUAUCACUCUUUGAGAUUAAAAGGCAUCACAACAACCAUGGUGUUUUCUAAACGUGUAUGUAUUAUACGUUUGUAGACAUUUUUCAUCAUAUUUAUAAUAAAAUUCUUCAAAUAUGCCGAAAACUUAUGCAGGAUAUUGUCGCGAUUAUCAAGAAAAAGAAAGGGGAAAAAGUGUUAAAAAGGCAGCAAAUAAGGUACAAUUCAUUUCCGAUCAGCUUGAUCCUUUGGCUUUGCGUAGGGAUGUAGCUUCGCUCUGCAUCUUCCAUCGCAUUUAUCACGGGGAGUGUUCGGAGGAAUUGUUCGGAUUAAUUCCAGCUGCUGCAUUUCGCCAUCGUGCAUCGCGACAAAAAUUUCAUCCCCAUCAUCUUGAUGCGUGGCUAUCCACAACCGUGCGUUUUUGUCGAAAUUUUUCACCACGUACGACAAAACUGUGAAAUAUAUUGUCGCCAACAGUGUUUCCGGACCAAUACGACCCAAAAACCUUCAAAAAAAGAGCGUACUCACUCCUUAAAGGCCGGCAUCGCAUUUGUGAUACUCCUGGUGUUGCAAGUGUCCAUGGGCGACGGUGAUCACUUACCAUCAGGUGAGCCGUCUGCUCGUAUGCCCCCUAUUAACAUACAAAAAAAAAACGCAAUGGGCUGCAGGCGACAACCGCAGGCGACACUGCUGCUGACCGUGCAUUAUAUGCAUUGUGCAGCUGCAUCUCGUGUUUUGUUAUUUAGAAUCGCAAUCUCGCGGGGCCCUGGGUGCGAUCCCGGGUCGGGUCAACUUAGAAAAUUAACUUUUAUUUAUUUCCGCAGGUCUAGCUGAUUGUUGUAUCGUAUUUUUUCCGAUUUCCUUGAUACAAAAGCUUUAGCUAAAUAAUUUUGAAUAUCAACUAUGUAUGUGAUGUUUUACAAUAUUUAUUUAUUUUGAUACCGUAUAUUAUAUAUGCGGUUGUUAAUAGUUUAGUUCUUGGUCAUAAUCGUUAGAUAGCUUCUAUCUUAUCUUCAUAAAUUAAGUAAAUAUUUACUUAUUUUUUUAGUGCCGCCAUCUAAGAUCGCGAAUAUGCAAAAAUUUUCUAUACGGUUACUGGUAGUGUUUUUGUAAUCAAUCAACCCCACAAUCUCGCUAGGUAUCGGGAUUGGGUCAACUUAUAAAAUUAACUUUUUUUUAUUUUCUCGGGUCUAACUGAAUAUUUUAUCGUAGUUUUUUUCUGAUUGCCUUGAUACAAAAGCUUAAUUUAGCAUUUUUUUAAUCGUAAUAUUAUGUAUAAUAAUAUGAUAUUGUACAAUAUUUAUUUAAUUUUGAUAUGUUAAUUACAGUUUCUAUCUAAUCUUUGUAAAAUAUGUAAAUAAUUUGUUUUUUUAAUUCGUUUUAGUGCUGCCAUCUAUCGACAAAUUAAGCAUUUUCUAAUACGAUUACGGCAGUGCUUUUAUAGCUAGCAUAUAAGCAUGCGUGCUUUAAAUUAUCUAACCUUUAAAAUAGUAUGCUUAAAAUUCCUUAGAUGGAGCGCGCGAUCGCAAGUACAUUUAUGAAACUUGAAGUCGUAUAAAGCUUAUUUUUGUUUGCGAAAAAUAUAAGUUAAACUAAAUAGUAUAUUAAUGUUUCAAUUAGUUUAAUGAUGUCUUUAAACAUAACGCACAUUUGUUUUUUUUUCUUUUAUUAACCUAUUUUUUUUUCGAAACAAUUUAAGUACAAAAUAUUUAAUUUUGACCUAGAGAGUUGCAUUUUAACACAGGUGUUGUCUUUAAGACGUCCCUAGUCGUGAAAGACUUACGUGUUCACAUUUCUGUAGGUUUAACUUCUAUCGCAUGUGAUCAGCACAUGUUGGUUGUUUUUGUAAUAAGGUUUAAUUUAUAGUUUCACCGCCAUAAACCCGACCCUCUUGAUGGUCCGCGGGAUGCGGGGCGGCGCGGGCGGGUGUGCACGGGUAUACACGGCAUUACGGCGCGGCGAGAUAUCACAUGAUAUUUAAAUCUUCGUGUUGUUAAUUCAAAAGUGUUAGUGUUUGUAUUAGGUACAUAACGAAUGAAUUUGUGUAAUAAUUUGGUUCUCAUAAAAAAUAGUUUAAAAGGUAAGAUUAUUCCGACGACGCAUUCCUGAAAAGGAUGCUGAGGAUGAUAUUCCGGAAUAAUGAUUCUGACGACGCAUUCCUGAAAAGGAUGCGAAACGUCAAUAAAUAAAUAAAUUCACUGCAUAUGCACCCGUUAAAACUGUUUUAUUUAAUAAGUGACGUGCGUGAAAACCUAAGAAACAAAUAAAUAGUCUCUUACUUUGUGAUAUGUACCUAAAUUUAUUUCAAAGAAAUACCUAGUCUUGCAAUAAAAAUUUUUAGAACAAUAAUAUAUUUAUUUCAUUCCCUACAUUUAAUCUGUGAUUGACUUCUUACAUUUUUAUUUCGUAUUCUCGGUAAUAUCAUGUUUGUUGUGUGCAAAGCCGAAAUUGAUGUCAUAUGUAGCCGAGACAAGACUGCAACCGCGCGAGCUCUGACGUUAAACGUCUAUUGAUUGGUCGAGCGCAAGCGCAUCUCCCUCCCGCGCCCGCAGCGUGUCAAUUAUGCUUUAGAGAUUUAAUCCUAAUGUGAUGUCAAUAUGAUGUUGAUGCCAAGUUGAUAUUGUUUUUAAAUGGUAUUAUGAAACAUUCCUAUGUCACAUCAAGAUCAUAUCAAUAUCACGUAAUGUGAAAUUGACAUCAAAAUAACAUCACAAUUAGCGAGCAUAAUUGCUCUCCUGACCAUGGGAGGAUCGGCUUUACAGCGGUCAAAAUAUUUUGUUGCCAUUUCUGUUUAGUAAAGUUUUUUGUUCAUUAUAUUUUUCUUACUUUGUCUUCGGUCAACAGCAAGCGCUGACAACGGAUCACUUAAUACUUUAAAUUAUUUAAAGAUUUUUUUAGUGUAGUAAAUAUUUUCUAUAGUGAAAAAAUGUCGUGAAACGUCUGAAUAAAUAUAAAUAUCUUUACUCUUAAUCAUUAUGAAAAUACUAAGUACUUCGCACUUUUCCCCUUUGAUCUAAUGCCUAUGUACAGGAGAUACUCAUCUGCCUCUUCUAAUCAAUAAUUAUUCAACAACAACAACACAACAGUCUGUGCUGACAUACUGAUGGUCAAGUUAACAAAAUUAAAUAUAGUCGAGUCAAUAAAGACAUAAAACAAGCAAAACUUGGAAACCCGGUGGAACAGCUCCGAUUUUGAUAUUUUUUUUUAUAUUAUUCAAAAUCAGAAACCUUUGGAAGGGGGGAAAUAAUUUUUUUUAUUGUUUAAACAUUAUUUAUGACAUUUUUAUAAAAAAAUCACUUUUAUCGCUUUUUUUUGAAAACAAUAUUAUUAUGUUAAUGUUAGUAUAAAACAUAGUUGUUAAAAUGAGGCUUUUAAUAAUAAUUUAAUAUUUAAACCAUUAAAAUACGAUGUAUUGGUCAAUAUUAUGAAUGCGUUGAGCACUUACGUUAUAUUUAGUUACUUCAUAUAUAUAUAUAUUUUAUAGAUAGGUCCGACAAAUGAAUCCACCCCACCUGAUGUUAAGUGAAGGUGAAGUCCAGACGCGAAGAUAGCUGAUACAGCAGUUCUACCUGCCACACCAGCCAUCCUUACCCUGCCGGCCUGCAUGUUGCUUCCUCACGCCUCUUUUAAAGGAUCCCAGGUUGUAAGAGGGAGGGAACACGUGAGCGGGCAGAGCAUUCCAUUUACGGAUAGUGCGACAAAAAAUGAGUCACCAAAUUUCUUUGUACGCGUUGGAAUUGUGGCCACAGUAAGACGGUGACAACGUAGGCCAGCGCGUGGUCCUCUGAAGGAAAGGGGAAGGUGGGAUAAGAGAGAAUAACUCCUCAGAACACUCGCCGUGGUACAGACGAUAGAACGCGCACGCCACGUCACGGCUCAAGAUGUUGAGUCACCUUCUCAUCGCCUAUGAUGCGGAUCGCGCGCCGCUGUAACCUAUCCAAAGCAUCGAGCAAGUACUUGGCGGAGCCAUCCCAGAGAUGCGAGCAAUAUUCCACGCAGGACCGCACUUGCGUUUUGUACAACAAGCACAGUUGAUCGGGCGUGAAAGAACGCCGCACCUUGUUCAGGACUCCGAGUUUGCGUGAAGCUGUUUUGAUCACGGUUUCGAUGUAGUCCUUUGGAUUCAGGUCUGAGCGAACCUCCAUACCGAGCAUGGAAAUGUUGCUCUGUAGCGGUAGUGUUUUGCCCUGAAGAUGAUAAAUAAAUAAAAUUAAUAUAAAAUAAGAUGACGGGUCAGAUGGUUAUUAAGGAGCUUUUCUAGAACUUUACAUAAAACUGAGAUGACUGCUAUUGGCCGGUAGUUUGCAGGGUCUGAGCGAUCCCCUUUUUUGGGCACCGGUUGCACGUUAGCAUCUCUCCAAGUCUCGGGCACACGCCCCAAAGAAUACGAGCAUUGGUACAAGCGCGUGAGCACAGGAGACAACUCCGUUGCACAAUUUUUUCAGUACUACUGCUGGAAUGCCAUCAGGUCCACUAGCUUUCCGGACGUCGAGUGAUUGCAAUUCGGCAUGAACCUCACACUGCCUCCUGCGGCUUAUGAGCUAGUGUUCCGUCUGGGCAUCUCAGAGGUGGCAGCGAGGGCUGGCAGAAGGUUUUUUGCACGGCUUUGGCCAAACGCCAGUAGCUACAGGAGCGUAGGAUACGUUAUAAGUUCCUGGCCAAUACGUGCAACGCGCUGGGCAUCCGAUGUAAGCCUUCUUACAGGCCUUGGAAGCAAAAUUGUAGGCUGCUUUGAGUGAAUCGACCUCGGAAUCCUUGAGAGCGAUAUAUAUUGGUUGGCCUCUGACCCAAUAUAUAUAUCAUAUAUUUUUUUUAUAAAUAUUUUUUUAUUUAUGUUAACAAUGAAACUAUUAAUUUCUUAUAUUUCAUGAAAUAUAUCCUAACUUUUUUAUGUAUAUCAGCGUCAUGUCAUUAUAUUACAUGAAAGAUCUUAUAAUUAAUUGUUUUUAAAAGUUUUUGAUAUAAUAAAAUGUAAAUUAAAAUUAUUUGUGAUAACAAUAUAAAAACAAUAACAUAAACAUAUUUUUUUUUGUGAAUUUUCAAUUGAUAUUUUAUAAAAAAACAUUUUUUUCCAAAAAUGUUAUAAAAAUUGUUUAAAUAAUAUAAAAAAUUAUUUCCCCCUCUCCAGAGGUUUCUGAUUUCAAAUAAUAUAAAAAAACAAAAUUAUUAAGAAAAAAAUCAUCAAAAUCGAAGCUGUUCCACCGGGUUUCCAGGUAAAAAGCUUCAUUGACUCGACUAAUAGCAAAGACGAAUAGCGAAGUGCUGGCAUCACGGAUACUGUAUAACAUUAGUGUAAAUAUAAAUUUAAUUUAUUUAAAUUUACUCAGGGUCGUAUUUACAAAUCUGGCGCUCCAAGCCACAUACAAUUUGGCUCUCGGGUAAAUACGCCCCUGAAUUUACUUUAAUUAUUUGAAUAUAUGUUAAAAAGACGUUUGAGUUUGAAAUAUCUUGUGUAUAAUAAAUAAGAUAGAGUGCUGGCAUGGCUGACAGCCUAUGAUACAGCCUACACCUGAGUACAAAUAAAGAUCGUUCAUUUAUUGUAAGUAAAUGCUUCAAGCUCACAACACAACUGCAUUUGCAAUAUAAUUUUGGGUACAUUUGAUUGUAACAUUAAGUAGCACAAAAUCUUUGCUAUUAAGCAGAUCUUGCUUUUAGAAUAAAUACUUAUUGUGAUAGAGGUGAAAUAAAAUCUAGUUUACUUUUGUAUUCUGUUUUUCAUUUAAAUAGGUAUGCAACGCUAUAAUGCCACACAAAUUAAAUAAAUCUUAAAAAAUAUAAAUUAAAAACAUGCAUAUUUUAUUUUUUUAUAUAGUGGCACCAUCUAGCGUAGGUACUUUGUCUACAUCAUAUAAAAAUAUCCCAGAAGUUAGAGAAUGAUUGAGAUGAGAAAGAUUUUUAUUACAAACAUAUUUAAAGUGAUCUGUUUUGAAAAAUCCGAUACCGCACGGAUUUGUGUACCUAUUGUGAUUAAUGAAAUCAAAAAGGGAACGGGGUAUUUGACAAGUUUUAGAAACGAUCUCAAGUUAUUAGGCGUCCAUAAAAAUGGAUUAAUCAUCACAAUGUUGUGUAUUUCAGUAAAAAAAGCAAUGAAAAAUUCAAUUUUCAAGUUGCCGCGAAAAGGUUUCUGGACAUUAUGGGCUCGGUAAGCAACGCUCUAAUUUCUACCUGCUACCCUACCUCUCUUGCCGAAUCGGCCUGUUUUCACCCAGAGAUUUGCAAGGAGGCGUAGCGAGGAAUGUAUUUGUAAAAAAACAAUACAACUCUUAACGGGGCGGUUAGCAUAACCCGUAGCUUAAUUGCUACUAAAUCUCUGCUAACCGCCCCUUUAAAAAAAACGCCGUGGUAGAUGAUACUUGGAUCUGUGCUACCUACCCAGUUAAACGAUGGGGUCGAUGGAACAUUUUUUCCCCAACUGUACCGUUAACGGGGCGGGCGGGACAGUAUAUAAGGCGUCCCACGGGUUUGUCACACGGAGGAAAAGUAUAUUGAAGAUAGAAUAUUUUACUGAAAGAAGUCAUCAUUUUAUUUUUAUAAAUAACGAACUGCAUUCACAGAUUUUAUUAAAAUCGCCUGCUACAACUGGGAAUCUAACUCGUGAAAUUUGAAAAGAAUACACAUGACAUAUUUUAUGAUAACCAUCGAAAGGGUUAAUCAGAAGGAUUAUUUUUUCCUGAAUAACAUAGCAUUUUAAAUGAAAGGAA